GGCAGCUCACGGGCACCCGGGCCGGGCCGGCGCGGGAGCGGGAAAGGGUGCGCUAUGCCUUUAACGCCCGCGUACAGUAGACGGUAUAGUGGAGUGUAGGGAAACUCUAGGCGGGGUUAAAGUUCAGCCCAUGGAGCGGCAAUAGCGCUGGCUGGCUGCAGUUGAGCCGAGUUGGAAAUGUGAACGCAAGAAGCAGGCUUGAUUUUUUUUUCUUCCCCCCUCCUCUCCCUCUCUCUCUCUUCUCUUUCUCUCUCCUCUCUCUUCCUCUCUCCCUCUCUCUCCUCUCUCACCCACACUCACGCACACCUCCAAACCGCACACCCAGACGCACACGCACACCCCACCGCCCGGCAGUUAUGUAUUCUCCGCUCUGUCUCACCCAGGAUGAAUUUCAUCCUUUCAUUGAAGCACUUCUGCCGCACGUCAGAGCCUUUGCCUACACAUGGUUCAACCUGCAGGCCCGAAAACGAAAAUACUUCAAAAAACACGAAAAGCGUAUGUCAAAAGAAGAAGAGAGAGCCGUGAAGGAUGAGUUGCUAAGUGAAAAACCAGAGGUCAAGCAGAAGUGGGCAUCUCGACUUCUGGCAAAGUUACGGAAAGAUAUCAGACCUGAGUACCGAGAGGAUUUUGUUCUUACAGUCACAGGGAAAAAGCCUCCAUGUUGUGUUCUGUCCAACCCAGACCAGAAAGGCAAGAUGCGAAGAAUUGACUGCCUCCGCCAGGCAGAUAAAGUCUGGAGGUUGGACCUUGUUAUGGUGAUCUUGUUCAAAGGUAUUCCGCUGGAAAGUACUGAUGGCGAGCGCCUUGUAAAGUCCCCGCAAUGCUCUAAUCCAGGGCUCUGUGUCCAGCCCCAUCACAUAGGGGUCUCUGUUAAGGAACUCGAUUUAUAUUUGGCAUACUUUGUGCAUGCAGCAGAUUCAAGUCAGUCUGAAAGUCCCAGCCAGCCAAGUGACGCUGACAUUAAGGACCAGCCAGAAAACGGACAUUUGGGCUUCCAGGACAGUUUUGUCACAUCAGGUGUUUUCAGUGUGACUGAGCUAGUAAGAGUGUCACAGACACCAAUAGCUGCAGGAACUGGCCCUAAUUUUUCUCUCUCAGAUUUGGAAAGUUCUUCAUACUACAGCAUGAGUCCAGGAGCAAUGAGGAGGUCUUUACCCAGCACAUCCUCUACAAGCUCCACGAAGCGACUCAAGUCUGUGGAGGAUGAAAUGGACAGUCCUGGUGAAGAGCCAUUUUACACAGGCCAAGGACGCUCUCCAGGGAGUGGCAGUCAAUCCAGCGGAUGGCAUGAAGUGGAGCCAGGAAUGCCAUCGCCAACCACACUGAAGAAGUCGGAGAAGUCUGGUUUCAGCAGUCCCUCCCCUUCGCAGACAUCCUCUCUGGGAACGGCCUUCACACAGCAUCACCGACCCGUCAUCACAGGACCCAGAGCAAGUCCACACGCGACACCAUCGACUCUCCAUUUUCCAACAUCACCCAUUAUCCAGCAGCCUGGGCCUUAUUUCUCGCACCCAGCCAUCCGCUACCACCCUCAGGAGACGCUGAAAGAGUUUGUCCAACUUGUCUGCCCUGAUGCUGGUCAGCAGGCUGGACAGGUGGGGUUCCUCAAUCCCAACGGGAGCAGUCAAGGCAAGGUGCACAACCCAUUCCUUCCCACCCCAAUGUUGCCCCCACCACCACCACCACCGAUGGCCAGGCCUGUACCCCUGCCGGUGCCAGACACAAAGCCUCCAACCACAUCAACAGAAGGAGGGGCAGCCUCCCCCACCUCACCAACCUACUCGACACCCAGCACCUCCCCCGCAAACCGAUUCGUCAGUGUUGGACCACGGGAUCCAAGCUUUGUAAAUAUCCCUCAACAGACACAGUCCUGGUACCUGGGAUAAAAGUUGCAGCAUCCCACCAUCCACCAGACAGACCACCUGACCCCUUCUCAACUCUGUAACAUGGACGCAACCUCAACCCAGCGCGGUUACAACUUCACUGUCAGUGGAAGGGGAGAACAAAAACAAAACAAAACAAAAAAGCCGAUUUGAAUCAACUUGUACAUGGAAACAAGCAAAGCAUUAUGGUCCAACAGCAAAGGCCAUAAUCUUUUGGGAUUUUUUUUUUUAAUACUUUAGGGACUGUGGUCAUUUCUCAUAUGGUGCUGGAAAUGGUUGAAGGCUCUGUAGCAUUUGAAGUGUUUCGGUGGUGGUAUGAGCAGUCGGGUUAUGUGGCUGGCAAGGUCUGCGCUUGCUCACUGACACACUUCCCCUUGCUGCAGAGUCUAGCCGUUUCACAGUAUUUCAUGAAUUUACCCACACAGGUGUGAUCCUCCUUGAGUUCCUUCAGGAGGUUCUUGGAGAACUAAAUCUUUUGUAGUAGCUGAGAUCUGCAAUAUCUAACUUACGGGACAGUCAAAGGGCAAUGUUUUUCUGUAACAUAUUGGAAAAAGAAAACGCAGUUAACGUUCCUUUCUGAUUUUCUUUUACUUUGGUUUGGUUCAGCAAGUCCGCAGUUAAAGUGUUAACGUGGCCCACAAGGACAAUGAAUCCACUCACAUUGCAGAACAAUUCCGAAAAUGGCAAACUACUACGACGAUUCAGUUUUGUUUUUAAGUUUGGAAAUGCUGCACUUACAUUAAAAAAAAAAAAAGCAUUUUUUUCAACAAUUUCAACAAUGACACACAAAAAAUCACAUGGAAAUGGGGAAGAUGGUCUGUUUUGACAGAAACUGACAGGAAUCAAUCAAAACAAUCGAAUUUUGAAUUGAGUGAAGUGCAAUUUCAUUGGAUAGCUAAAUAUCUUUGUAAGAUAGAGAUUGUUGAAAAUUCUAUUUUUGUUUUUCAAGUCCUUCCACCCCAGGACUCUAAAUUAUUGGGGUAAAAAAAAAACAGCCUUGCAAGAAAAAGGGGAGCUAUUUUUGCUUUUUAUGUUUUUUAUUGUUAAACUUGUAUCCCUUUAAAAAAAAAAACGAAGGAAAAUUUAAAAAAACAAAAAAAAAACAAAAAAAACAAAUCUAAUGGUGCUUUUACCACAAUAUGUUAACUACAUUAAAUGCUAAUUAAUUAUUUUCUGUUAUCAAAGCACAUAACUAAAAUGAAAUCAUGGUAUCUGUUAAUUUUAUAAGCUAGAAGUCACUAUAAUGAAUUAUGCCAAUUCUGAAAGUUUUUACAUGUAUCUGGCAACAUAGGAUUUAUCAGUUAUCAGACACUUCAUUGUACCAGAGAUUGUCCAGAAGUUUUUAAGACCUCUGUGCCCUUGAACUGGGCUAUGGGAACUAAUAAUAAUAAUAAUAAUAAUUAAUAAUAAUGAAACCAAUACUGACACAAAUGCAGGUGCCCAUUCAGAUCAAGGGUACUUGUAAGGGAAAAAAAAAAGUUUGCACCCCCCAAAUGUCCUGUAUCUUAUGUAAAAAACAAAAAAUGCAUAAAAAAACACACAAAAAAAAACAGAAAUAAAAAAAAAAGUGCAAGUGAUUUUUCUACCGGACAGCGAAGCACCCCUUUGCUUCCCGCAACUUCACAAAGGUUUCCUAUACUAUACAUAUAUAUAUGUUCUGGUUGGCAGGCCUUGCUGAUCGGAGGAAGUCUCUGCAUGUUCUAGUGUUAGUAACUAAUUUUUAUAUAGUUAAUGUAGGAUAAAGUAGAGUGCAUUAAGACACAAUAUUGUAAUCCCUCCUCUAGGCACUUGCCUUUAAACUAUGUUUUUUUUUUUCCGCCCUUCAGAAGGGCUCUACUACUGUCCUUUACAAUCAAGUAACUGAAAUUCUUGGGAAGACACUUUGCUCCUCAUCUUUCCCCCCUUUCCCUUCCCACUCCUCCCCCAAACAAUGUUGUUUUGUUUUGUUUUGUUUCCUUAAUUUGCACGAAAACAAAAAUUCCAUAUCAAUGUGCCUUGCCCUGGAUAGCGAUUAUUUGUGGAAUUGUUGCACAGGCUCCUCUUUUGAAAAGGGGUUUUCCCUAAAUCAAACAUUUGGAGACACUUUUUUUUUUCUUUUCUUCUUUUUUUUUUUUUUUUUUAAUUGGUAAAUGUGACUUUUAUGUCAGCCAUUGUAAGUUUCAACAUCUAGAACUAAAUAGGAAGCUAGUUGUUCCGCAGGUAGAGUAGUCCUUAUUGUCCUGUAGGUCAGUGGCAGUGCUAUUCUGAGAUCUGUCCAUGCUUAGAAUAUCAGUAUUUUGGAUGUUGCUGCAUUUUACAAUUUAUUUGGAGUCUUCCUUUAUUUUUCCCCAGAUAUAUGAAAAUAUGCAAUACCUGCUUAUAUCAUGUAGAAAAGCUUAGCGAAUGUUAUUUUUUCUUUUUUUUUUUUUUAUUUGACCAAAGUCGGUGCUGCACUUGAUGCAGUGUGUUUUAGGUGUUUGUCUUUGUACUUAUUUUGUGUGAUUUUUUUUUUUUUUUGAAUGCACGCAGGAAGGGCUCCUCUUAGAGAAGCAGUCAAACUGUGAAGCACUAAGCUGACCCUGCUUCAAGCAAUUUUGUUUUUACAACUGUUCCUUUCACAAGCAAGCCUUAAAAAAAAAUAAAAAUAAAAAAGACAACUUCCUUUUUCUUCAGCUCCCACACCCCAUUUUUCUUAGCAGACUGCAAGUCAAUCCACAUUCAAUAAAAAGUAUAUAAUGCCCAUUUUUAUAUGCACGUUUUUAAACUUCCAAGUUCUGAAAAUUGUUUACUGGUUAUCUCUAUUUAAGGAAAAUAAAAUAAAACAUUUUGGAUUUUCAUAUGUGUCUGAUAAGUGGUUGAAUAGUUGUUUGGUGUGAUUGUCAGUGUACAAUGUCACUACAAAUAGCCAGCCAGCAUACUUUGCCUUCCUUAUAUAGCACUUAGCUGGGCAUUACUUUAUUAUGACAUAUGUGCACUAAAAAAAAAAAAAAAAAGAAAAAGAAAGAAAGAAAAAAAAAACAGAAAAAAAAUAGCAGCUUUCAGUGCUUCACAGUGAAGGAAAAAAAAGCCUAGACAAACAUUUUGUCAGAACCUUGCAAUAAAGCCAAGGUAUUACCAGUAAAUUGGUUGUAUAUACAAUAAAAAUUGCACCCUUUUUUAAACAAAACAAACUAAGCAAUAGUUUGGGGCAGUUUUAGUUGUUUUUAGUGAGCAUGUUGUAGUCAAGACUGCAAAGAGAGAGAAUCAACUGCCCACUCAGAAGAUAUGUAAUUUGUAUUGUUGUAUAGUUUUAUUGAUUACACUGAUUUAUUCUACCCUAUUUUAUAAUGCAAGACUUUUGUAAUGUUGUUUAAAUGAGGAAACAUUUCUGUCAAAUUAGCCUAGUGAAAUUUCUGAUUGUUCAUUAUCAAGACAGCAUUCAUAGAAUUGCUUUUCUUUCUAUUUCCCCUCCCCUGUGGGAACUGGAUUUAAGUUUAAAACUUUCCUGUUUCCUUUUUAUUUUUUGUAAGUAUUUAAAUACAGUUAUUUUUUUUCUCUCAAUGGUAUAGCAUAUUCCUAUGCUUGAGAAGUAUAGGUCUACUGAAGAACCAUUGUAAAUGGACGUUACAGGUAUGCUGUAUUUUUGAAGGCAUUUUGUUGUAUUAAGUUUGAUGAAGCUAAAAUUGGGGAAUUCUGAACAGAUUUGUAGGGAAUAAAUGUUUUAAAGGCUUUAAAACAUUAGGGAGGCAGUCUAGGGUGAUCACAAACAGGGGUUAAGUAUUCAGUACACUAAGUUACAUUUCUGUUCAUGUUUCUUUACCCAGAAAGCAGCAGGAAACUGUAAUUCAGUCAUGAUCAAGCAGGAAAAGAAACACCAACCAUCCACCUUUUAAGAUUAAAAGCUGAACAAAGAUGUUUGAGGAAGACUUUGCUACUGGGGUGUGUAGAAAGGCAGAGAGCUAUCAGCAUCUGAAGGCCUAGCCCUCGAUUCCAAGACACAUCUGAAUUUUUUUUUCUCUUUCAUCAAAAGGCAUUAACAGGAUUUGGCCAAGAAAGUCCCCUCAAAUGACUGAGGUUUUUUUUGUUUUGUUUUGUUUUGUGUUUUGUGGGUUUUUUUGUUUUUGUUUUUGUUUUUGUUUUUUCCUUUAGGAACUGAAGUCAGAGGCACAAACACUAACUCUACGCAUUUUUCAAUGUUUUUCCUUUUGGCUUCUCUUCUCCCAGCCACCACACGGCUGUUCCCAGCUUUGCUGGGUGCAGGCCCACUCCCUGUUGCUGCUUUCUCCACCUUGUUCUUCCUUGGGAUGGUUCUAAUCCUUCACCCCUACCUAGCAUGACAGUAAUUAACUGACAGCUGAUUCCCCGGCCACGCAUCUCCAGCCACCAUCACCCAAGUGGGAGCCAGGCAGGCCCAGAAGGCUACACUUCUUCAAGCUUAUGCUCUUUGUUUUCUGACAGCCAAUGGAUAAAAGACCCAAACUCUCUAGUCAUGGUGUCACAGUAUGCAGUCAGCCCAUAGGAAUAUGUAAAACCCAACUCAACAAGUUUAUCUUCCACUUUUUCAAAUUCUUAACCUCUCACAGGUUUUGAGUUAUAUAGUGUCAGUGUCCUAAGGUAUUUACAAAAUUUGGAUUAAGGAAAACAUUUAUUUCUCUUGUGAUUUUAGGGGGGGGAGGGAUUUCUAAGAAUGUCAUUUCAUGUGCUUUGAAGCACAUUUCCUCUCCUCAGUGGUGGUAGUUUCUCUCUCUCUCUCUCUGAAUGUGUGUAUGUGUCUCUGUCUCUCUGGUUUUUGUUUGCUUCUUUCUCCUUUUUUUCCUGGAUUUUGGUAGCAGGCCUCCACAGGGCAAGUGUGAGACACAAAUGGCAUGGUAAUAUAAGGAGAGCUUUGGUGGUACCUCAUUACCCGCCCCCCCCCGCCCCGCCCCCAACCUGUCCUAAAGGAUCUCAGCUCUGCUCUGCCUUCCCCUUGGGCACGGCUUUCAUUCCCAUCGGCUUCUGAGGCCAUUUCUUCUUGAAGUCCAUGCAUGUACUUCUUGUGUGACUUUAAACCCGCUCUGCCUUCUCCAUGUCCAAGGCUGUGCAUUCUCUAAUUAGUGUCAUGUAUGUUUCCCUUUUAUUUUUCCCAAUUUUAAAAAAAAAAAAAGCAGUGGGAUGAAAAUUGCUUUGAUAGAUAGCAGGUAACAUUGAAGCUAUUCCAUAGCACUUAACCGUAGUGAAUACUGUGUCACCAAUUCUGAAAUCAAUUUAAUGUUUAAUGCAAAUCCAUUACAUGGUGCUAUUACAGGCUGACAAAAUGAUUUAAACAAAUGUGACAACUUGGGCUCAAUUCACUCUGCUUUCCAACAGUGUAAACGCAUAGCAGUGUUUAUCUGCAUGAGAACUAUGCACUAAUCUAUCUGAAGAAGAAAACUACUAUAUCAACUUUGGUAUCUACUUUCCGUUUACUUCGAUCCUUGCCUUUGGUCAUUGUUAUAAUGCCAGCUUUAGGACAGAAAGAAUUAUAAGAAAACCAGCAUAAUACCUGAUAUAUUAAAAUGUAGUGCCUGUGAAAAUCUGUAUUAUAUUGCUCUUCUGAAGUAAGAUUUUUCUACACCGGUAGCCUUCGCUGUCUGUCAGUCAGGACCUCUGGUAUAGGUGUUGUAAAAUAACCGUACAAUAUUAAUGCAUGCUAUUCCAUAAUGCUUAGUGAACUGUAUGAAUAUUACUCAAAGUUAUGUUAGUCUUUUUUUUUUUCCUGACUUGGUUCUUGUCAGCUAGGUUUAAAGGUAUUUCACUGAGAACGCAAAAUUCUGUCUUUUCUUGACUUCAGCUGUUUUCAGUAUUUUGGAGGUAUACAUUUACUUAAAUUCAGUAUUACUUGUGUUUUUGUUUUGGGUUUUUUGUUGUUGUUGUUUUCUUUUUUUUUCCUAGGGGACAAGCAUGGGUGUUUGGUUUCAGAAAUCAGUACCUGGUGAGAAUUUUGUCUCAAAAUUACUGCGCCAACUUCAAGAACUCUGCUAUAAAGCCACUCUGAGAGCAUCUGCAGGGGCGGGACACUGCUUUACUGAGGCUGAAGUGCUUUCUAAAUGGACUGCGUUCAGGCAGUACCCAUGUUUGAUCCGGCUUCACACCAGACCUCCUCACCUUAAAAGGAAAAAGAAAAGAAAAACUUGGAAGAAAUCACGUGGCUAUUUAGUUUCAUGCACAGUUGGAAUAUCUUCUUCAAAAACAAAAUUCUGUACAAACUUUGGGCCCGAUUCAUAAGAAAAAAAGUUUGCUAUUAACACGGGAUUUUUUGUUGUUAUUUAAAUGUACUUUUAUUUGAUUUAAAUUUGCAACCAUUUGCUUCCCAGGUGAAAUAAAUUCCAUCUUUUUUUUUUCCCCUAAGCCAGGGCCCAUCUGCCUUUUAUUCUUCCAAAGGGUUUGAAUAAAGCAGAUUAGAGAGAUGGGGUAUUGGAAGCAAAUCCCAGCCAAUGCGUAGAUAAGUGGGAUGCCCAGCAUCGGGCAUGAGGAUGGGAGACAGCACAUUGGAAUAGAAUCUCUUGGGCAUCCUCAGUUUCCCAUAUGGACUUUUGUGUUGUUUGGCUCAGAAAACAAACUUCCCAAAAUAAAUCUGGACCACCAGAGUCUACAGUGGAAGUGCCACCUGUAAUCUAACCAGAGUACUUUCCUGGUGGCAACACCCACCGGCUUACAUAAUGUGAAUUUUUUUUUUAUCUCUACCAUGGUUUCAAAGACAAGUAGCACCCAAUCAACUGGGCCACUGUUCCUGCUAUUUUCUGCUCAACUUCUCAAAAUGAUUCUAAUUUUUUCUUUUCUUUUUUUCUUCUUGGCUGUAUUUGUGUUAUUCCUUUUUUUUUAUUUUUUAUUUUUUCGUGGUAAUAGCCUGUAAGUUUGCUCUUCUACAUUUCUCUCUCACAUCUCAACCAGAAAAUUCUAAGGCCAUUGGCCACAUUGAAUGGGAGGUGUGAGGAGCUCCCAGUCUGUUCUCUCUCCCUGGUUGGGUCUCAGACCAUCAGUUCUGCACUGCGAAGGCUCUGGGUAACCUGGACCCUGACAUACCCACCAGGCUAGUCUAGUUGAUGCACUGGGUUUCUGGAAGUCAGGCCUAGUCUGUGGGACUUUCUCUGCUAUCAACCCUAACUGCUCUCCCUGACCCCCAACAGCUUCCCUGGGGACUUUUCUCACCAUAUCUACAAAUUAUGCCGCUCAAAAAGCCUCUGAUUUUCAUCUCAAAUUGUGGGGGAGGGGAUUAAAUACUUCCAGUGAUGGCAAAAGAGAUCUAUUUUUGAAAUGAAACCACCCCCCCGUGUUAAUAUCUUGGUCUGAAAUCCAUUGGCUUUUUUUUUUUUUUUUUGGUUUUUUUUUUUGUUGUUUUUUUGGGUUUUUUUUUGUUUUUUUUUUUUAUGAGCCGGGCCCCCUGUGCCUCCAGUAUACUUGUAUUGACUCUCAUAGUUACCCUUUUAGUUGACUGUGUUCUGUGAAAAUUUGUAAUUGGUUGAGAAUCACUGUGGGCGUCCAUUCUUAUUCAACUAAAUCUCCACAGGGUUUUUGAGCUGGUGUGGAUUAGUUUAACUCUUGUAUUCAACCGUUAGUGCUACCACUUUCUCACAUUACAAUACAAUUACUGGAAGCGAGUACUGCAUUUCCUAUGCAACAAAAAAGGAAAAAUAAAAAAUUGCUAAUGCUA